GGCGGAUGGCGGCGGAUGGAAGCGGCCCGGCCCGUCCCGACCCACGGCAGCUCCACUCACCGCCAUGAUGGAGGCGGGGAAGAGAGCGGCCUGCGCCGCGCGGGGCCUUAUGGGGCGGGGCGGGUUUGGGCGCCCCCUGGCGGCCGGAGGCGGCGCCGCGUGACGAGCCGCUGCUUCCGGGCUCCGCCCGCCGGUCACGUGGUAGCCAAGAUGGCGGCGCUCGCGGCGGUGCUGGCGCUGCUGUGUGUGUGUCUGUGUCCGUGUCCCGGCCGCUCCGGGGCCGCCGUCCCGCUGGUCAUUUGGCACGGAAUGGGUGACAGCUGCUGCAACCCGCUGAGCAUGGGCUACAUCCGAGAGCUCGUGCAGCGCGGGAUCCCGGGCAUCUACGUGCUGAACCUGCGCAUCGGCCGCUCCACGGUGCAGGAUGUGGAGAACAGCUUCUUCAUGAACGUCAAUGACCAAGUGACAGAGGUGUGCAGCCAACUCGCAAAGGACCCUCACCUGAAAGGAGGCUACAACGCAAUGGGCUUCUCCCAAGGAGGCCAGUUCCUGAGGGCAGUGGCCCAGAGGUGCCCUUCUCCUCCCAUGUUCACUUUGAUCUCCAUUGGGGGGCAGCAUCAAGGAGUGUAUGGCUUUCCACGCUGUCCUGGUGAGAGCUCCCAAAUCUGUGACUGGAUCCGAAAGAUGCUGGAUCUGGGUGCCUACACACCAGCUAUUCAAGAGCACCUGGUACAAGCACAGUACUGGCACGAUCCUUUGAAGGAGGAGGACUACAGAAAAAAGAGCAUCUUUCUGGCUGACAUAAAUCAGGAGAGGGGCAUCAAUGAGACGUACAAGAAAAACCUGAUGGCUUUGAAAAAGUUUGUGAUGGUGAAAUUUCUCAAUGAUACUAUGGUUGACCCUCCGAUCUCUGAGUGGUUUGGGUUUUACAAAAGUGGCCAAGCCAAGGACACCAUUCCUUUGAAGGAGACCUUGCUGUACAAAGAGGACCACCUGGGGCUGCAGCAGAUGGACAAAGCAGGAAAGCUGGUGUUCCUGGGGGUGGAAGGGGAUCACCUGCACUUCACAGAAGAGUGGUUUUACACCCAUAUCCUCCCAUUCCUCCAGUGAAGCUAUGGGGAGGCACCUCAUGGGAGCACUCAGGAGCAUGUAGUUAAUGCAGCUGCUACUGUGCAACAGUAUUUUGUCUGUGGGUGAUGUGGGAACAGUGGGAUUGUGGUGGAGGGUUAAUCUCUGCAGUGGCACCUGCAGCAAGAGACGAAUUCACCCGGAUGUAAUUAGUUCCAGUUUGGGGGGGGGUAAAGCCUUGCACUAACUUUAAAGAACUAACUUUAAAGAACUCCACACCACCCCUAUGUCUACUCCUGGUCUCAGAGCUGUGGUUGUGCUGGUGAUGGUGAAAUGAUUGAGCUGCUUGAAAGGUUUAACAGUUGCAUUCACAGCCUCUGUUGCCUGUUCCUCUGAAAAAACAAUGGCAGUAUUAAUCAAAACUACUAGAGGAAGAAUGCCAUGUCUCUCAAAUGGAUAAGCAAACAGAAUUACAAGGCUGUAUGCAGAGGAAAGAGAUAAGCAUCUCCUUCACUGUGGGGGGGGAAGAAGACCACAUUUAGGAGGUUAGGAGGGAAAUUGAGGGUUUUAAACUAAGUGGGUAUUAACAGCUUGAACUAUUUUGCACUAAUGACUUCUUUUAGGCACUUUGGUACUGCAACUGAAAUCAAUAAAGAACUUUAACCAACUAAAAAGAAUAAAACCCAACCAGGGUGUGAUUUGAAGACCACUGUCAGACUGAUUCAAAGGGAGUCCCCUAUGGUGCGAGUCAUCCUCUGUGCAACAUAGGAAGGGUCAGACAGCAACGGGCAUCUCAUCCUGCCUGAGCUCCUCCACGAGGUGGAAACAAGAGGCACCGUAAUGAGCAAGUUGGCAUUAACUUUAUUCUAUCUUCUGUAUAAUCUUACGUACAUAAGAAAGGUUUUCUCACAAGCCUCAGGAGAAGACGAGUACAAGUCACAGGACAGUCUUAAAAUAAAAAAUUGCAUAUUUUUGUAAGUUUUGUCCUAGAGAAAGAGAACAUUGACACUUUACAGAGGAAACGCAUUUAAGAUACGCUUAUGCCACCCGAAGCGUUGGAAAAAUGAAGGUCAAAGCAUGUGCAGCUCCCUUUAUGGGUCAAUACAGUACUAUGUCGUAGCUGCAGCUCUCUUUAUUCCAGUGCUAUGGAACAGAGGCUACAAGCUUCCAUCAAAGUAAAGAGCCAAGCAACAGGGGAAAGGGGAGUCUGAGAAGAUUCACCUAUGGUGACUGAUUGCAGAUGAAGAAGAGAGCGAUGAGCUGACUUGAUCCCACUUGGGUAAUUUACAAUACUGCACGACUGACCCUGGAAUGAAGGAAACCUUUUCCCCUGCAGGAGGGAACAGGUUCAGAACUGUCCUGGAAGACUGAACCUGAGUUCAGCUGAUCAGAGCAGGAAGCCCCAGAGCAAAGACUCCCUUGAGAAAGUGGAGGGUUCAUGGGAAGAGAUGCUCAGCUCCAAAUUACCAGCAAGACUGCUGGAGGGAAAAAUGCAGUUACUCCUCCACAGUCUUCCUGUGGCACUGUUUAAUAGAAAGCCUCCUGUCAUGGCACAAUCAGAAACACACUGAGCUAACAGGAAUGAUGAAAGGGAAAUCCGAGUGCAAUGCUAUGGUCCAACUCCUCAGCCUUUGGUCCAACAAAACCAUUCCCAGGUCCUGUAAAGCCAUUUGUUGGUACAAAGAUCUGGAAUUGGCAGCUUCCAGGACCUUCUUCAGAUAUUUGCAAUAGCAACCGUGUACUUCUGGACCCCAACAGACAGUAUUUGUUAAAAGGGAACAACGUUCCUCUCACGUGAUAAAUUUCCUUGAAGGCAAUACAAAAAAAAAAA